AUGUUCACUGUUAAACCUGAUUCUAAUGCUGUCACCAAUGAUCGGAGUGUUGCUCGCCGGCGACUGCAGAGUCAAACUGGUGGACUUUUGGCGCUGUAUCCGGGACUCGACAUCUUCUCGGUUUAUAUGCUACUGGCCUUUACGAUCAUGAACGUUGCAAGAUUCUUUACGGUGGAGGGGGCACAGACUCCUGUCUCGAUCUUAUACAUGUUAUUUUCAGGCCUUCUGUUGACAAAUUUGCAUACGGCUUGGAUCCACGCUAUCAUUUCAAAGCCUACCAACAAAACACUUUGGCAGAGAAUCCCUGGCUGGCGAGAAUGGGUUGGAAUACUACCAACCGCAUCUUUGGAUAUCAUCUUACCAAGCUUGGCCCACUAUUUGACAAAAAGUUGGAUGCUAUUUCUGCGUGGAAUCUGCUCCGCAGCUUUGAAUGCCUGGUUCGAUGAAAAGAUUUCUUCAGAGUUGGAGACAACAGGAAUCUUGAUCUUUUUUUUCGCACCAUACGUCUCAGAAAUCUUCGUUUCUACCGUGAUGCGAACGAUAUAUAUACGUGUUGCAGCAUCGAUGCUACCAGACAAUGAUGAACCCAUCGUACCAUUCGACCGCAGCUUUGGAGGCCGAGCCCGAACCAGUGAAAGAUAUUGUCUUGGCAUCUUUGAUGCUGUUCGCACUAUGCCGUUCCUCAAUUGGUAUCGCUAUGCAAAGAUUAUUUGGGAGGUGCUUUGGUAUGAGGAGAUAUGGGCUGUUGUUUUAGGUAUUGUUCUUGCUAUGGAGUUCUAUUAUUGGGCGCCUUGUUCUGUUAUGGAGCUGCUUGUUUUGGUUUUACCGGAUGACUUUUAG